UAGUAUUCUGAAAGUGGAGUUUGGUCAUUUGUUCCUUCAUGCAGCGAUAUAACUCAUCAAAACCUUUUAUCUCAAUAUUCCUUCCUCAUAUCAGGUUUUGAUGUUAGUGUAGACCACUUUUAUUGAAGCCCUGUCUCUUAUGCAAUACUUAUUUCUAGGUACAGAAGUAGUCUGAAUCACAGACAUUUGUUACAUCAGAAGAGAUGGUGGCAUCUGUAGUCAUCUUUCUUACCAUGGCAAAACUCUCAGAAACAGUAUCUGGUGCUACUAUCACAAUUACCUCAAACCCACCAAUGAUCGAGGGGGGUUCUAUCACUUUAACCUGUGAUGCAGCUGGCUUCAACAUCACCAGAGAGUGGAUGAAGGAUGGUCAUCCUGUGUCUUCUGGCGACAAUAUCAUAUUAUCUGAGGAUAAGAGAGUGCUGUCCAUAAAGAAGAGAACAGACAGUCGAGAAUACCUGUGUAGAGUCAGCAACCCUGUCAGCUCUGAAAAUGCCAGUGACACUGUGAAUGUAAUCUAUGGACCUGAUGGUAUGGAAAUCAAGGGUCCAACUAAAAUAGAAGUAGGACAGAAGUUUACAUUGACCUGCUCUACUGACUCCAACCCCCCUGCUAGUUACACCUGGGUGCUUAACGGGACAAAGAUACCUGGACAUUCCCCUGAGUUCACUAAACAGAAGAGUGAAUACUCUGACAGUGGGGAUUACACCUGUACAGCAACAAAUGAUGUCACCGGAAACAAAAUAUCUGUGGUCCUUAAACUGUCAGUAAAAGCGGUGGGCUCUCUAACUCCAGACGGACUGUCUGUUGUUGUCAUCACUGGGAUUGUGAUUAUAGUGUUGCUGGUUGUGGAAGUGGCAGUUAGUGUUGCAGUCUAUUUCAUCAAGACAAAUAUAAGCUAUGCAGAGCCAAUGCAGCGAGGAGGCUCUCAACAACCUGUAUAUGAGAACCCAUCACCUGUGUAUGAGAACCCAUCACCUGUGUAUGAGAACCCAUCACCUGUUUAUGAGAACCCAUCACCUGUGUAUGAGAACCCAUCACCUGUGCGUGAAAACACACUACAAAAUCAAUCUCCGCCUCUACCCCUGACAGACUUCAAGAGUACCUAUGAUACUAGGAUAAUGCAGUAAGAGGUCAGGAAGAGAUCUCCAUUCAACCACCAUUAUCCAGUUCCACAAUCAACACAAAGAAAACCUGCAUGAUAACACCCAGUGUGGAUCUGAAAUGUAACGUACAUAAUAGAUUUAUGCUAUGUUUGUCUGCUUUAUUGUGUAAUUUCUUAACAUUGAAAAGAAAGCGCAUUACUGUACUGUAAUUUUAUAAAUUAGAGCAUAAUAAAUGCCAGUUAAAUAAAUAACAAAUUAUUUAAAUGAUGUAAAAACAGAAUGACUAAUAAAUAA